AUGCAUAUGUCAGCAAAGGAAGACGCCAGCAUAAAUGCUCUCGGCAAAGCCGCCGGAGUUUAUACGUACCAAGAGCUUGUGCGCCGCUCCGUACCACAGAAGAUCUUGAGCCAUUGCAAGUUUUUUUCAUCAACAGUUUCCCAAAACCGUCUUCCGAGCACUUCCAUCCUAUCUCCACAGCAUUCAACGAGCAGAUCACUACCCUUGCUGUCUUUGAACAACACCGAUUCCACAAAUCAGACUUCAAAUCCCGAAUCAUCUUGGAAUGACGCCUCGUCACCAUUUAAACGGGCACGCCUAGACUUUUUGAUGGAUAUGAUGGUGUCAUUGGACCCAACGAUGGGUUCGCCUGAGCUGUUGUCGACGUAUCCAGACGGUAUUAAUGAUACCAUCUCGAUAUCUUUAAGCUCGAUAGUAUACAAAAGGGGGAUCACGUCAACCUCUUCGACUCAAGAAACGUUAAGUGUUGAUUUGCCAGAUCAUGACGUUCCAAUUCCCAGUAUAGAAUUUUGCGAUGCAGAUCACCCAUCUGCUGAAGAGACACCAAUUGCUGCGUAUGGGUUUGAUUGGAUGACGUGGGAGGAGUAUACCAGUUGCGAUUUUAAUACGCUAGAGAAGUGGUUAUGAUUUGGGCAUAGAUGGAGUUAAUUCGAUUGUGGAUAUGUAUCAUCAAUAUAUGAGGAGCAGAUCGCGGGAUCAGGUACUGGUCGUGUAUCGCUAGCAAAUCAACUGCUUCUAAGUUUACAUCUGGCUAAUUCCACCGCCAAAUACUAUCUCUGAUUUUGAUAUGACCCAAACAUAUCAGUAUUCAAUCAAGCUUAUCAUUCCUCCACAUUCACUCUUAUCUUGACCAUCAUUUGAGUUUUCAAACCUGAACAUGCAUCCACAUCCACAUUAUUGCUUCUGUUCGGCGUCUGAGAUCCAAAGCCAAAUGAAUCAAGGAGACAAACACCUUGCCGCCCUCAGCUGAUAUGUGGGAGAAAUAACUUUACACAUGCCGAAUUCUUUGCAAGGCCCGGUGUGACACUCCUGCUCGCUACUUAAGUGCCGGUAUGAUUAGUUCUCGAUUGGCGUGUUUAUAGACCAGGUAGAAGGAGUGUUGGUGGACAGUAAGAAAACGACUUUAUUUCAAGUCAAAAUCAAUGGUGCGAGGUUCCAGUAUUGGGUUCAAAAUUGAUGCUGGAAUUAAUAAAUGUUGACAGCUUCAUCAGACACGCGACAGAUAUGAGGAAUUGAUUUAUAUUUCUUAAUGAGAUAGAUGGUUAUAUAUGUACAGAAGAGA